AUGGAUGACGAUGCGAUUGAAUAUUAUUUUGAUGACAUUGAAAGCUUCUAUUCUGAAUUAGAUGAGAUACUUCAUAGACCUUAUUCAACAGAACAAGAUGUCCAAAGGAUCAUCACUCAAUACAUUCGAUUUAUUGUUCGAUACUCAAAAGACUUUCUAAAGGGAUCAGCAGAAAUAGAUCAAGUAGCAUAUAAACUCAUUGAUUCACAAAUAUGUCUAGACUACAGUACAGUCGUAUUAUCUCAUAUCGUUCAUUCUCAUGCACUUGUCGAUCAAGACUAUAUACCAUAUGCUAUAUUACUUAUAGCUGGAAGAGAUGAACCAAGGUGGAUGAAAUAUAUCCUAAUGGAAUCCAUACAGGCUAAAAGGAACAGACUAUUUUGUAAAUUGAUUCAAGAAAUUAAACUUGGAAUAUGGGAUACAAAUUUGGAUAUUUCGAGUAUCCUCUUUGGUCUUUGUUUUGAACUUUGUAAACUAGACACAAUGGAAAAGGAAGACUUGGACCUUGUCGAUUCUCCUUUAAUCCAUCAUCUUUUGGAUCUCGUUCAAGAAACACGUGGUGACGCUCAGGAAUCCUUUAAUUAUGAUGUCAUUCAUCUCAUCAUGAUCUUUAAUGAACAAUACAUGAUGUCUGGAUCAAAUGAAAAUCUGAUUCUAGAUGUAUUAUCUCAGCGUAUUGGUACAUCGGAUAUCUUUAGUGCUAAUUUGAUAUUCAUGCUCAACAGAUCAAAUGAUAUAUGUAUUCAGAUGCUUAUAUUGAAGUUAUUAUACGCUAUAUUCACUAGACAGACACUCUAUGAAUAUUUUUACACCAAUGAUCUUUAUGUCCUGGUUGAUAUCAUUCUCAGAGAAUUAUGCGGUUUGGGUGAUACGAAGGAAGGACAGACACUCCUAGAUGCUUACCUAAGGGUUUUAGAACCUUUAUUAGAAAAUACCCAAUUAAAUAGAAGACCUUAUAAAAAGGAAGAGAUAUACCGCGUACUUCAACAACUCAUUCAUCCUGGCAUGCAAAGAAAAGCACAUUCUACUACAAAAAGACUUGUUAAGCGCAUUAUUGAGGAUUGGUAUGACUGCUGCAGUUCUCCUGCUACAUCUUCUCUAGGUCCAUCCACUCCUGCUGAUGACAUCCCCGAAGAUGUAUUAGCAAAGCAAGUCGUAAUGGCAAAGAAAACUUCAUUGCUAAGUCAAGGACUCAUCGCUAUCAGUUGGUCCAUUUUGCUCUUCUUUUUAGGCUCUUAUUUGAUUACAGAAACAUGGACGUGGGGUUAUCGUGGAAAGUGGACAAAUAUUCACAGUUAUUUGCCUCAUAAAGAACGAGUAUUUACCGAGCAAGAAUUAGCAAGAUACGAUGGCUCAGAUCCUUCACUUCCUAUUUAUUUGGCAAUAGAUGGCGACGUUUACGAUGUGACCAAGGGCGCAGGAUGGUACGGAAAAGGAGGAAGUUAUCACCACUUUUCUGGGAAAGAUGCUGCGAGAGCCUAUGUCACUGGCUGCUUUCAGGACCAUUUGACGCAUGAUCUAAGAGGAUUGACUGCAGAACAGCUGAAGGGAGUAGAGCAUUGGAAAAAGUUUUAUGAAAAUCAUCAUACGUACCAUAAAGUUGGGCGCGUUCAUCAUGAUCCUAUUCCAGCGAAUGCACCUAUACCAAAACCAUGUAAAUCGGCUACAAAGCAAAAGCCCUAA